GGCGCCGGUGUGCGCGCGGCUCCGCUCACGCUCACGCUUCUGGGACGCACCUCUUUCCCCCGCGGAACGCGGCGGCUCGCGGGGAGACGCUGAGCGUGGACGGUGACGUCACGUUUGCCUUUCUCGAUCAUCCUCCUGUCAGCGUCCGUUCACAGAUCGGUGCGGGACGAGCCUAGGCGGAGCAGUGAGUGCGUGGGGCUUACGGGGAAACUGUUGUUGCGGGCCCGGCUUCGCACACUUUUGAGAACGGAGCCGAACUUGGAAAAAAGUGUAAAUUAACUGAACCAAACUGCACACGCAAGAGUGCCACCGAUGUGCGGCGAACAUUUAUACUUUGUUGCUCUCGCAGUUCAGAGGACCCCGGAGGCUGUCUUUCGUUUCGAGGAGAGCAGCUCGUCCGCGCACUCGGGGCACUGUCCCUUAGGUGACCGAAGUCGCGCGUCCUGCGCUGCGCAUCUAACUUCCACCGCAAUCAUGUUGUGAUGCCUUUCGCGCGCACGCAGAAUCGCCACUCUGCUAUGGAGCAACUCCGUUGUCAAGAUGAGCCUGGACACUGAUGAUGCUGCGAACUUCUGGAGGAACGGUUCCGCGGAGCUGGACGGUGUCGGCGCCUCCAGCAACGCCAACGGCACCGCGGCGGGGAACCGCUCGGACCACGGUCCCGUGGACCUGGCGCGCGCCGUCCCCCUCGGCAUGGUCCUGGGCGCCUUCAUCGUGUUCGCCAUCGCGGGCAACAUUCUCGUCAUCCUGUCCGUGGUGUGCAACAGGCACCUGCGCAUCCCCACCAACUACUUCAUCAUCAACCUGGCCAUCGCGGACCUGCUGCUGAGCACCACGGUGCUGCCCGUGUCCGCCACCCUCGAGGUGCUCGACUACUGGGUGUUCGGCAGGGUGCUGUGCGACAUCUGGGCGGCCGUGGACGUGCUCUGCUGCACCGCGUCCAUCAUGAGCCUCUGCGUGAUCUCCAUCGACCGCUACAUCGGCGUGAGCUACCCGCUGCGCUACCCGGGCAUCGUGACGGAGAGGAGGGCGCUGCUGGCCAUGCUGGGCGUGUGGGCGCUCUCCGUGGUCAUCUCCAUCGGACCCCUGCUGGGCUGGAAGCAGCCGCCCUCCCCGGACGACACGGACUGCCGCAUCACCGAGGAGCCCUUCUACGCGCUCUUCUCCUCGCUGGGCUCCUUCUACAUCCCCCUGGUCGUCAUCCUCGCCAUGUACUUCCGCGUGUACGUGGUGGCCAAGAGGACCACCAAGAACCUGGAGGCCGGGGUCAUGAGGGAGAGGUCGAGCUCGAGCGAGCUCACGCUCAGGAUACACAAGGGCUCGCAGAUGCACGAGGACGCGGGCGGCGGCGGCGGCGGCGCGGGAAGGGCGCGCGCGCACCACCAGGCCAGGAGCUCGCUCACCGUGAAGCUGCUCAAGUUCUCCCGCGAGAAGAAAGCCGCCAAGACCCUGGGGGUGGUGGUGGGCAUGUUCACCCUGUGCUGGCUGCCCUUCUUCAUAGCCUUGCCCGUCGGAUCAUUCAACUCCAGUCUCCGUGCUCCAAAGCCACUCUUCUCAGUAAUCUUCUGGUUGGGCUACUUCAACAGCUGCCUGAACCCCAUCAUCUACCCGUGCUACAGCAGGGAGUUCAAGCUGGCCUUCAUCCGCAUCCUCAAGUGCCAGUGCCAGCGCAAGAAACGCCCGGGUUGGAGGUCCUAUAACUACCGCAGCUCCCACCUCGACUCCUCCAUCCACUCGCGCAAGGACUCGGUGGAGAACGCAUCCGCCUGCCUGAACGGGAGCCUGCGGACGCUCUCGUCUGCCAGCCCUAGUCCCAGCUACCUGAGCAAGAGCCCUCACGUGGAACUGGGAGCCUUCCAUACUUGGGGCUCCUGCUCCUCAACCUCCCUCCCCGGGAGCCCCACAGACAGCCAGCCAGGACCGCUCAGAGGGUUCCUGUAUCCGGCCGCUAGUGACAGGUACGGUGUGAAGCACUUGCUGUCCGCCAAGGAGCCCCAGCCCACAGGGCCCCUGCUCCACUAUGGGCAGAAUGGAAGGAGAGACGUGGAGCACAGGCAGGGCGUGGGGACUGCUCUUGAAGCAAGCCAAGGCCCUGAGUAAUACAGUGGGGGUCUGAUUACAGGCACAGUGAUUGAUGGAGGAAUGCGUUACUCCCCCCACCAGCCAAUGCACAAACACACGCACAUGAGCACACCCAUCCGCACCACCACAGUACCUUCAACGCGUUGAUAUUCAGAUGGGUAUUGUCGAUCAUGGCUGAAGGUGUUGCCGUGAUAUCUGCAUCACUGACAUGGGCAGCAGAAUCGGAUCGUAGGGUGAACUCCUCUCGGAUGCAGACAGUGCAAUUCAACACUGACACCUGAAAUCUUAGCCAAACAGUGAUGGGUGAUGGUUUAAAGGGACCAGACCAUGCGUCGAUUCAUUGUGUUAGACUCCAGUGCAGAUGAAAGGAGCGUUGUCUCUCUUGGGUUUGCAAUUUAUGGAUAAGCAGGAAAAACAUAAUGUGACAUAACUGUCUCUUGAUGCAUGUUACAGUGAUGUGUUGCUUGUUAUAAGGGGGUCUAACAUGAUUUGUUGGGGCCACGCAUAUUACUGUUCGGACGUCAAGAUCAAACCCCAGCCCGAGUUCGCCAGAAAACAUAUUUAAAAUGAAUUCCAUAGCUGUGCACUUCACUGAAGGGAUGUACUUUGUCUGUGGUGAAAACAUACCGUGCAUUCCAUAAUGUUCAAAUUAAGUCACUUGGUGCAACGUAGAUGUAUGAAUGAUAAGGUUAUGUUUCUGUCUUAUCAGUUACAUGUGUUAUCUUCACACACCCAUGUACCUCCAUGUCACGCAGAUUGGACUUGAUCAAGACCAGUGUUGUAGGUAUUCCGUAACCUUGUUUAUUUUAUAUCUAAGUGAUAAAGUGUGA